GGUACGGUUCAAUAGGGACUGCGGACCCACCGAGACUGUAAAGGUGCUGUUAGAGGCUGGCUUUCAUUUUUCCUUUUCCCCGUGUUCCCAAUGUUAACAUUUUCAACCUAGAUAUUUUUUUUGUCCUUUACACACAGAUUAUUUUCUUUUUCUUUUUCUUUUGUUUUUUUGUUUGUUUGUUUGUUUGUUUUUCCCCCGGCUCGGUUUCCAAGAGGACUCGAAGGCGCUCCUGAAAGACUUCCAGGAAUAAAUUCUCGGACGCUCAAAGACAAGAUGACAGUUGCGCGGCAGUUUUUCAUCUUCUUGUGCGCAGCCACCAUCACGGGUUUCAGCUGUGAAUCAGAUGUUCAGCUUCCUCCACCAAUGAAUGUCACGUAUAAGUGGGAUGACCCAUUUAAUGUGAAUGUGUCCUGGAAGAAGCCUGACAAUCUGCCGGACAACUGUACCAUCAAAUAUUGCAUAUGGAAGGGGGGCAAGAUGGUCUAUUAUACGCAACAAAAUUAUUACAAAGCAACGUAUUUCACGGAAGAAGAGCAAUCUGAUAACUGCAAUGUCAGCAUUCAAGCUGUUCGAGGUGAUGUCGAGACCUGCGGUGAUCGGAAGGAGAGCAAACUUGUGAGCAUAACCGUUAAAACAACAAGGCCCCAGACUAAAUUGGUGACGGACUUCAAAUGCUCACUUGAGCAUGACAGAAUGAAGUGUUCCUGGAGGCCAGCCGAUGACUCUCUCAAGCUGAAAGUGUCCUACAGGACUUCAAAGGAGAAAGAUAACAUACGAGCGUGUGCUGGGUCCAGCAGCCAUGAAGAGAAUGUUUGUUAUCUAAACAUUAGUACUUUUGAAUUUAUCUAUGUGCUUGUGGAGGCUGAAACUGGAUUGAGCACCUUAAGACCUGAAUUCGAGACACCUUUGCCAGACAUGAUUAUCACAGAAAGUGGAAGCGAACUCAUCUUGACAAUACCACAUCCGGGUCCUGCUGUUGGAAAUUGUAAUUUGAACUAUAAUAUCUGCAUCACAGAAUGCAGUAAGGUCAAACCUUGCCAGAUCUACACCGCAAACCCUCAACUGAUUCCCUAUAACAAGAACUGCGAAUACAAGAUCAAAUACAGUCUCAGGACCGAUAGCUAUUGUGUACCUGUGUAUAGUGACCCUAAAGUUGUAUUUCAUGGUAAGAACAGAACUCCUGACGAGACGCUGACUGUGGUUGCCAUUGUGGUCCCAAUUAUCCUGUCUGCCUGCGUCAUUCUGUCCUGCUACUGCUUCAGAAGGCACAGGGAGAUUAUUUGUCCCACCAUGCCUGAUCCUUCAACAAUAUUCAAGGAAAUGAUGAUGAGUGGAAACAAAGAAUCUAAGCCCGCCCCAGAGAAUCUGUAUACGCCGGUGCCAGAACCUACUGAAUACGUCACCCUUGUAACUGAAAACAGUGUCCUUCAGCAAAAUGCCUAACACGUACAUGUGCAGAGGAAUGCUUGCCGGGGGAGAUGGACGUGAAGGAACAUGUACAUAGUAACUUAACAGCAGGUUGACAACCUCUAGUUUCACUUCGCUUUUCUGGUUAAAAGUUUCAUACCUGUUGCAGGUCUGAUGUGUACUGUGUGGCACGCUAAACGUGCCGUGGACAGGAUAAGGAAAUGCAGUAAAUCUUUGGAGGUGCCUUCAAAAAAAAGCAAUGGACCCAGAAACAUGAGCGGGACUGAUAUACUCAUGCUGAGAGCUGAGGAAGAGGAAGAUGAGGGCUUUGCAUUCCUAUUGGAUGGAGUGGACCAGCAGAGGCUGUUUCAGCUGGAAACAGCUCUUGCGGUAACAGGAGCUGGAUGUCUGUUGUAACAUGUCAAAAGGGACAAAAAAAAAAUGGGAGGAAAGAAAUUCCGUCUUGGCACAGCAUGACCUCUGUUUGUACAGAUGGCAUUGUGACUGCAAUCCUGAGUUAGCUACACAAGAAACAGAGAGCAAGGUUGGCAAAAAUGCAGGCAAUUCCAUGACUGUACAGGAAGCAAAAACCUGCUUGUGUUUGUGCUGCAGCUCUCCUGAUCUACUACGUAUCAGCCCCGAACUAAAGUAAAACAGCUUGGGCUGAGACAGAGAGCAGACUGCAGGGCGAGGGAUCAUAUGUUAGGACUGGGUGACUGCUACAGCCUGCCUAUAUUUCCUUUGUUUAGCCAUUAUUGGUGCAUGUCAAAAAAAGAAAGUUCACCUUGUCAAUCUGGAUAUUCUCUUGCAUGAGCUCUGCAGGCAGACACAUAUUUUGGAUGUAGUUUUCUUACAAAGGUUAAGGUGUAUAUAUAUAUAUAUAAAGAAAAAUCUUUGAGGUGGCAUUAAGAAUUUUCCGCCUUUGUACACAACUUCCAAACUUUGUAAAAAGAGAAACUUGAUAAGAACUCUGUAAACAUCUGGGCAUAUAUUAAAGUAACUACAAACCUGGAUGCCAGACUGUUGAGUCUGUGUUGUGCUAUUUUGGCUUGGCAUUCAACAGCACACCCAAAUCUAAAUCACCUUGAGCGAUAUGCUCUUCCUUCCAAGGGAAGGGUGAAAGGGGUGUCUCUCUGUCCAGAAAAAUGCAAUCAUGGGAACAAAUGUGCAGUAUUCUUUAAGACAUACAUAAGAGAGAGAGAGAUUUAAAAUAUAUUGCUUGCUGGAUUUGUUUGGAAGAGGGGAAAAUGUCAGUGUGAAAUUUGAAUGUGAUAACAUGGAACUCACUCUGCCUUUCUCAUAGUAAUCAUUUAAAUAGAAAACAUGAGCUUUCCUUAGCAUGUAGAUGUAUUAUUUUCAGUGGGUGAGAAUUAGGCAGAAGUACCUGCAUGUUUUGUUGCUGAAAGACUCAGAGAAGAAACGCUCAUUGAAUAACCUGAGGGUAGCAAGGGUGACAGUUCAUCAGCUUGUUCUUAAAAAAACACGGGUACCCGUAUGAGCAAUGAAAGAGGAUUGCUUGGCAGAACAAUGACACUCUCGACUGAGUUAGCUUUUUUUGUGUGUGUGUUUCCUUUUUUGGCUGCUGUGAAGGAUUGGCAAACAAAAAGAAGCUUUAAAUAAACUGAUUUUGAUACAUAAAAUAUCUGAAAAAUGAAGCCAGUGCAUUGGUGUCUUCAACCUGUACUAUAUUCUAAUGGCCAGCAGGGGGGAGGACUGGUUACAAAAAGAAGUAUCUGUAGGGAAAAGGCCCUCAGCUCCCUGGGUAUGGUCCCAGUAAACACUUAACUCGUGUGUUUGUGACCUCACAUGGUAGUUUCAAGUCUUAAUGAAAAAACAUGAUGCUGAAUUCAUAAAUUAUAGUUAACUAGAGGCAAAGCAGGAUGUGCUUUAGGUCGGGCCAACCUUGUGAUUGACAUGUGGGUUCUGUGUGCAGGUUCAGAUCCAGCCCUGCUCGCCUGCUUUCAAAACACCAAGAUGACAAUGACAAAAACUAUUUUUUUUUUUUUUUAUUCAUUAACCCAUGAGUUGCAUCAGAGACUGUGGUCCAUGUUCAUUAAGUAUUUGCUCAGAUGUAUAAAAUGGCUGUAAUCCUAAAAUAUCCCCCACACCAUUGCACCACCAUGAUCCGUUGCUACAAGCCAGGAUGGAUCCAUGCUUUCAUGUUAUUUAUGUCAAACCCUCCGAUUGUUGCAGAAAUAUAGACUCAUAAGACUGGGCAACAUUUUUCCCAUUGUUCACUCUCAGUGAGCCUGUGUGAACUGCAGUCUCAUUUUCCUUUUGUAGUUUCCUGUAUUCUGAAGGCGUAGCUUCACGGGUUGCUGUAUUGUGCAUUCAGACCUUGUUUGUAACGAGUGGUUAUUUGAAUUACUGUGGCCUUCCUGUCAGCUUUGACCAAAGCAUUUUCACCCAGAGAGCUGCCACUCACUGGACAUUUUGGGUCUUUUUCAGACUGUUCUCAGUAAACUGUAGUGCAUGUGUGUGGGGGAAAUCCCAGCAGAUGAGCAGUUUCUGAAACACUCAGACCAGCUCAACUGACACCAACAACCGUAUCAUGUUGAAAGUCAAUUAAUUGAGAUUUUUUUCCCCAUUCUGAUGCUCGGUUUUGACUUCAGCGGGUCAUCAUGACCAUGACUACAUGCCUAAAUAUACAUCGAGUUGCUGCCAUGUGACUGGCUGAUUAUACGUUUGUGUUAAUGAUUUGGUGCAUUUUAUGCUGCUUGUUUCUGUUAAAUCCAAGCCUGAUAAGGCGAUCUAUACAUCCGCACUUACUACCCCAAUUCCAAAAAAAAAACACAGGAUGCUGUGUAAAAAUGUAAACAGGUCAAUGCAACAGGUCAGUAGCACAACUGGAUUUAAAAAGAGCACCUUA